AUGGCUUCAUAUAAAGAAAUGAUGGAUUUCGAUGUCAUAAUUGUUGGUGCUGGUAUCUCUGGCAUUAAUUUUGCUUAUCGUCUGCAAGAGCGCAACCCGGAACUGAGUUACUGUAUUCUUGAGGGCCGUCAUGAAAUUGGAGGUACCUGGAGCCUGUUCCAGUAUCCAGGUAUCAGAUCAGACUCAGACCUCUAUACUUUCGGCUUUGCAUGGCGCCCCUGGACUGGAAAAAACUCGAUUGUCCAUGGCUCUGUCAUCCGCAACUAUCUUGAAGAAUCCGCCGCUCAAGAGAACAUCGAUAAGAAAAUACGGUUUUUCCACCAGGUUAACAAAAUGAACUGGUCAUCGUCGUCUAAUAUGUGGACCUUCGACAUCACCGCCAACAACACGGAGAAGAUCUCCAUGAGUUCUCGCUUUGUGUUUCUUGGCACAGGGUACUAUGACUACCAGGAACCACUACAGGCGAACAUUCCCGGGAUACAUGAUUUCCAAGGCGAGGUCGUCCACCCCCAGUUCUGGCCCGUUGACCUCGACUAUACCAAAAAGCGGGUCGUGAUUAUUGGCUCCGGGGCCACCGCUAUCACGCUGCUUCCUGCUCUCACCGAAAGAGCUGCGCACGUAACCAUGCUUCAGCGCUCACCUACCUAUAUCGCAUCGCUUCCCAGCGAGGGAAGGUUCGAGGCCGUCGUCUCAAAAAUUUUACCGCAGUCUGCGGCACAUCGACUGAUUCGCUUGAAAUGGAUGCUCUUCUCUCUUUUUAUGGUAUCGAUCUGCCGUCGUUUCCCUCGGGCAGCUAGAGCCUACCUCCUCCGUGAGACGGCUAAGCUCCUACCCCCAGGCACGGACCUAGAGCCAGAUUUUGUGCCCUCAUACAACCCUUGGGAGCAGCGCUUAUGCCUGUGUCCUGACGGAGACUUUUACGCUUCCAUCCGGAGCGGAAAGGGAAGCAUUAAGACGGGUUCGAUCGAAACUAUUACGAGUUCCACCAUCAAAUUAACAUCUGGGGAGGAACUGCGUCCGGAUAUCAUCGUGACAGCGACCGGGCUCAAGUUGUGUACCGCAGCUGGUAUCAAUAUUACUAUCGACGGCGAGCCGUAUGAUAUUUCAGAUAACUUUGCUUGGAGGACUACCAUGGUGGAGGGCCUGCCGAAUGCAGUUCUAUCCUGGGGCUACACCAACGCAAGCUGGACACUUGGGGCCGACGCAACGGCGCAGCUAGCAUGUCGGUUGUUGACAACGAUGAGGAAGAAGGGUAUAUCGGUGAUAGUUCCGCGAAUGACGUCCAAGGAAAAGAAUACAUUGGAAGAACGCCCAUUUCUGGCAUUGUCGGCGACAUACGUGAAGGAAGGCGGGAAAGCAUUUCCUAAGACUGCGUCUACCGCUCCAUGGCAGCCGCGGUCUUACUUCUGGAGAGAUCUGUCAAUUGCACGGUGGGGUGACAUCAAAACGGGCUUGAAAUGGUUAAAUUAG